UAAUUUGAUCCUUUUACACAUUUCAGCACUUUCUUCUCAUUACAAAAAAGGAUUGUUACUUCAGCAAGUCAUAAAAGACUCAUUCCGAAGAGUGCUCCUGGGAAGAUCUGGGAGCCGUGACCCUGGGGACUCACACCUGAGGACACACAGGGACAGUGCAGCUGAGCAUGGAGGGCAGGACGGCCGUCACGAAGGAAUGCAGAGUCACGGCAGGAACCCCCGGGACAAGCCUGUCCCUGUCUGUGGGGACCCGCAGCCUGGGGUGACUCAGGACAAAACCCAGUUUAAUUCAGUUACUGUUGCAGCACAAUGUUUUUCUGUGAGUAAAUGGCAUCAUCCUGUUUUGAAACAUAACUUUUCUCAGAAAGAAAAUUUGAAAAAUCUGAAAAUGGAGGCCUGCCAUGGUCCAAAUAAUCAUUUCAAUCAUUUAAAAUACAGCAGUGGAUUAGAUACUCAGUCACUUAAUUCUGAGGACCAAAGAUAUAAUGAAGAAAAAAUAUGUAAGUAUGUUGAAAUAGACGAUUCCUUGAUGAAGGAUGUAUUAUUCCAUGAACAAGUAAUUCCCACUCAUGCUAAAGCCUACAGUUUUGAUAACUGUCAGAGAGAGAGUGUCUACCCAGCAUUGCUUAAUGAAUAUCAGUGCAUAGACAACGAGAGAGAACCUCACUUGUGUAAUAAAAGUAAGCAUGCCUUUAGGAAGGGCUCUAUAUUUAAAAAUUGCCAAGGUAUUUACAUUCAAGAAGGAACAUGUCAAUCUAAUGAUCCUGGAAUAAAUGAUAACAGAGGACCACUCCAUAGAAAACAUCAGAGAAUUCAGAUUCCAGAAAACCAUUACCCAUGUAGUAAAUAUAGACAAGUCUUCAAGGAAUGGUCAAAUGUUAUCAUAUAUCAAGGUAUCCACAUUGGAGAUAAUCCUUACAAAUAUAAGGAAUGUGGCAAAACUUUUAAUCACUUCUCAAAAGUGAUUAAACAUCAGAGAAUUUACACUGAUGAGAAAGCUUGUAAAAGUGAAGAAUAUGGGAAAGCCUUUAGUGAAUUCUCCCAUCUGAACUGUUAUGAAAGUAUUCAUACUGGAAAGCAACCAUGCAAAUGUAAAGAAUGCAGCAGAUCCUUCACUUGUUCCUCAAUUGUAACUGCACAUGAAAGAAUGCAUAUGGGAGAAAAACCUUACAAGUGUAAAGAAUGUGGAAAAGCCUUUAAGUGGGACUCACACCUUAGUCAGCAUCAGAGAAUUCAUUCUGCAGAAGUACCUAACAAAUAUAAAGAGUGCAGCAAAUUCUUUUCUUUCUCAGGACUUAAUAUGCAUGAGAGAAAUUUUGGUGGAGAGAAGCUUCACAAAUGUAAGGAAUGUGGCAAAACCUUUAAGCGGGGCUCAUACCUUACUUGGCAUCAGAGAAUUCAUUCUGGAGAGAAACCUUACAAAUGUCAAGAAUGCGGCAAAUCCUUUAUUCGUGCCUCAAGUCUUUAUGUGCAUCGUAGAACUCAUACCGGAGAGAAACCUUACAAGUGUAAGGAAUGUGGAAAAGGCUUUAAGCACAACUCACACCGUAAUCGACAUCAGAGAAUUCAUUCUGGACAGAAACCUUUCAGAUGUGAGCAAUGCAACAAUUCCUUUACGUCUUCCUCAAGUCUUACUGUGCACCAGAGAAUUCAUACAGGAGAGAAGCCUUACAAGUGUAAGGAAUGUGGGAAAUCCUUCACUUAUUCCUCCAGUCUUACUGUGCAUAAGAGAAUUCAUACUGGAGAGAAGCCUUACAAGUGUAAGGAAUGUGGAAAAGCCUUCAUUUCUUCCUCACAUCUUAAUAUGCAUGAGAGAGUUCAUACUGAAGAAAAGCCUUGCAAAUGUAAAGAGUGUGGAAAAGCCUUUAAGCGGGGCUCAUAUCUUACUCAGCAUCAGAGAAUUCAUUCUCGACAGACACCUAACAAAUGUAAAGAACACAGGAAGUUCUUUANAAACCUUACAAGUGUAAAGAAUGCAGCAAAUCGUUUACUCGUUCCUCAG